AUGACACUCAGCCAGUGGUCGAAGGGGGAGGCCCAGCAGGUGGCCACUCAUCUUGUCACCGAGACAACUGCCCUGCUUGAACUUCCACUGUCCACCAUGGAAGCCUCAGCCAUCCGCCAGUUGCACUCCACCUACACCAUGGUGUCCUGCCUGGUGGAGCAUAAGGCCAUUUUGGAAGACAUCAUGUACCUCAUGCCAAAUCUGCCCGGGGGGAAGAGAGGGAUUAUCUUCAGCAAUGGGGAAAGAUGGAAGGUGCUCCGGCGCUUUGCCCUCACCACAUUGCGCAACUUUGGGAUGGGAAAGAAGAGCAUCGAGGAGAGGAUCCAGGAGGAAGCCCAGUAUCUCCUGGAAAAGCUCCAGGACACUAAAGGAAAGCCCUUCGACCCCUCCUUCUUGCUCAGCUGUGCUACGUCCAACAUCAUCUGCUCCAUCGUCUUUGGAACCCACUUUGAUUACCACGAUGAGAGGUUUCUAGCAAUGAUGAAAGUGAUGAACGACAACUUCUGGAUUAUUAGCUCUCCCUGGGGACAGGAAAAAAAGAACGGAGCAUCAGAGUUCACCACUGAAAACAUGCUGACCUCUGUAGCUGAUUUGUUUUCAGCUGGAACAGAAACAACCAGCACAACCCUCAGAUACGGGCUCUUGAUUCUCCAGAAAUACCCGGAGGUAGAAGGUAAAACAGACCCUUCAACUACCUGCCAGCAGCUCCACUCCAUUCCCACCCCUCCGUGGUCUCCCCUUUCAGGUUCUCCAUAUCUCAUCACAGCCCCAUGGGAUUCCUGCCUUGCUCCCUGUCCCUUCCGACAAUUCAUCAUCCCAAAGGGCACCACCAUCUUCCCUGUCCUGACCUCUGUGCUGUACGACAGCAAAGAGUUUCCAAACCCCACAGAAUUUGACCCACAGCAUUUCUUGAACAAAGACGGGACCUUCAGGAAGAGUGACUACUUCAUGCCCUUCUCGGCAGGUAAACGGAUCUGCGCAGGGGAGGGCCUCGCCCGCAUGGAGCUGUUCCUCUUCUUGACCACCAUCCUGCAACACUUCAAACUGAAGCCCCUCCAGGAUCCCAAGGACAUCGACAUCAGUCCCCUCAUGAGCAGCACCAACAACUUCCCUCGGCCGUAUCGGCUCGCCGUUCUCCCUCACUGAGAAGGUGGACUCCGACCACCAGAAACCGCCCAGCAGUGGGCGUUUUAUUUCAGCCUGUUUACAUUUUCCAGCUGAGCAACAAAACUGUACAUUUAUGAACAUCAGAGGGACCUUUAUUUGGACAGAGGCAAUCUAUUUUCAAAACAUGUAUCAAUUGUUUCCCCAAAAAACACAUUUUGAUUCCCUCCCCUCUUUCUUGCUCAACACAAACUUCAUUCCCCCUUAAUAAGUUUCCAAACCACUGCUUCCGAAAGCAGCAGGACAUUUGGGGGAGUGGACUGUAUUACAUAACUGGAAGCCAGAAAAUAAAAUGAACCCAUGAAAAAAGGGGUAUCUGGAAUAUGUUUGGAG